CUAUACAAUGUAUAUCUAAUUUUGUGUUUAUGUGGUAUUCAAACAAGUCUGCGGUAUCACCUCUUUGUUUUUGAUAACAUGAGAUGUAAAUAUUUAAAAACUUUCGCAAAUUAUGUUGAAAAUUAUUUUUUAUUCGUUUAUUUUCUUAAUUAAUUCUUCUUGCUGGUUUUCAGGAGUCAAAUGUUAACGGAGGAUAUUGUCACUUCCAUAAAAAGUCAUGAAAAGCAUCCGUUUUGUCACAGACGUCAGUUCAUUUGGACAUAAGUUUGUGUUAUCACGGUGUUUCUCAUUAAAUCACAUCUUCACUCAACAGUCAAAAUCAGAUUUGAAAAAGCCAGAAGAACAUUCUAAUGACAAAUUACAAAAUGUAAAUAAACAACUGCCAAAAAAAGACAGCAACUUUAUACCAUUUGUUGAUUUAUCAGCCAACCAAGGUGUAACAGUGAAACAUGUAAAAAAGGAAACUGCAAAUUCUGCAUUAUUGAGACAGUGUUUAGAGAAGGAGCCGAACAAAGAUGGCUUUGUAAAAGCAGUCGAUGUAUAUAUUGGAAAGAAUCGAACACGAAGAGGGCAUAUUGACUUUAUCACAACAGCUAUAAAAUUUAUUGAACCGUAUAAGGUAGAUAAUGAUAUUGAGGUUUAUAAUAAACUGUUAGAUGUCUUUCCAAAGGAUAAGUUUAACAAUCGUACACUAUUUGAUGCCAUUUGGCCAAAAACACACCCACAAAUGUUUUUGGCGUUAGAUAUACUAACAAAAAUGGAAUGGAAAGGCGUUCUACCAACGGAGGAGACACAUGAUAUAUUGCACCAAGUUUUCGGUCCAUCAAGUUUGCCUUUACAAAAGGUUUAUAGAAUGUGGUUUUGGUUCGAAGAAUUUAAGGACAUAAAUCCUUAUAAAUUGCCCGAUGAAGUCUAUAAAGAUCGAGUUGAUAUAGUAAAAGCUGCAGUUGAUCGGAUUCUUGGAAGCAAUGAUGGAACCAAAGUUGUUGAGAUAUCUUCUCCAUUUGAAGAAAAUGAGUUAACAAACUACGAGCAUUUUGUAGUUAGUUCACAAACACCAUUACAGCAAAAAUAUAUAAAGAUGUGUUCUGUAGAUAAACCUUUAUAUGUUGAAGGCCCUGUUCACAUUUGGAUUAAUCAUAAACUGGAAUAUUACUUCAUCUUGAAAACUGGCAAAAAGGAAUUGGUUUCAUUUGAGGAGGUUAAAAUUGACGAUGACGAAGAAAGAGAAGGAGUGAUCCUGGGUGUUUGUUUUGCAACAAAACCAUACGAAGAAACUCUUCAAAGAUGGAUUGAUCAUCUACAAGUAGAUAACCCUACGCUUAGAUACUUUCAAAUUAUAUUUAACAUAAAUGAAUCUGAAAAUAAUGUCGAAGAUAUUCAAGCUAUAGCUUCUAGUUAGUGUAGAUAAAUAUAUAUUUUCUUAAAAAAAUUAUUUAUGCGAUCUCUAUAAAAAUAG